CGCGGUCUGACGCACCAGCAGCGCCGUCUGGCUCACCGCAAUCCCCUGUUGUAGAGCGCCCCAUAUUCGCUCCCGAGUCUCCCGCCGUUCCGCUGGACAUUGAUGCUCAGGGCUCGCUCGUGCACGACAACACGGCCCGGGUCUGGCGUGUCCCGGAUGUCACGCAGAUCCACUUACCUGGAUCCACGAUGGUUGUCCGCUUUGAGGCCCGAUCAUCUGACACCUCAGCGCCAUUGCUUUCACGCGAGGAGCUCUUUUGCACUUUCAUGUCGCCCGAGAAAUUUGCCCACCAUGAGCGACUUCUAGAGUACUGCGGAUUGCUGAGGGCAGUCAAGCUUCGCGGUGGGGUGCUUCUUCGUGCCCAACCCCUAGACACUUGGCUCGAUCGGAUGAUGGGAGUUCUGAAUGGCACUUUGAGAAGGUUCAGAAACACUGCGCACUACAUGCGCGCGCCAAUGCAGGUUGUCAGUGACUCUGCUCUCUUGCAAGACAUUCCAUCUGAGGUGUUCAGCCAAUGGGAUUCGCGUCAAAUCUGCAACUUUAUUGCGUUUGCGACUGAAAAAGAGAGAAGAGACCUAUUCUUUUCGGAAACGCAUCCCGAAUCGCUUGUGGACUUGUUCAAACAGAGCGACGCAAAUGUUGCUCCUGCUGCUUCACGCAGGACCAAUCUGCCUCGCAGCUCCGCAGUCGCAGCAGCACAUCGCUCUUCCAUCCCUCACAAGCGUCGCAGUGCAGCUCCAUCCUCGCCGCCAGCAGGGCGGGAAUCGGAAGGCGGUCACGUUGACUCUCGAAAUGCUGCAAUCCCGCAACCGCAGCCGCACACAACGACUGCACCAGCAGCAACGGCUGGGCCGGAAGCAGACAUUGCUGCAUCCACAGAACGCGACACGCCUGCAGCAACCACAGCACCAGAGCCCCGGGUGCAGCGAAUUCUGAUCAAGUUGUCCAAGCUGGCGUCGCCCAGGUUGAGUGCAGAAACGGGAGUGCAGGAUGGUUCUUCGCCCGAGCAAACGGGCAAUCUGCAAGACGCUGCUACUCGCUCCACCUCAUCCACCAUGCCAGCAGCAAAUCCAUUGCUCGGAGCUAAUUUUUGGGAGGCAGUUCCUUUGGCAACCGAUGAUGCUCAAAAGACCGGAGAUGCUCUGGACCUCAGUCGAACUGCCCGGCCACACAAGGAUGCCGCGGAGCGAGAGCAAUCGCUCCUUGCUCGUCGUCGCCUUGAAACCCGGAGGAGGCAGUCGUACCCCAUCAAGCGACGCAAAAAGCGAACCCUUUCCUCGCGCAAAACCGUCGUCCUCAUGAACGACAACGGCGAUGGUCGUAGCCACGAGGACGCGGCCCCAGCCCACGCCUCCGACCACUCUUCCGGGGAGGGCGAGUCCAGCGAGGGCGACUCGGACGGCUACAGCAGUCACGAUGACUCUGCCAUUGUAGGGCCCAGCAGCGAAGAGGAUCUGGACUCUGAGUAUGCCAGCGAUCUCAUUCCGACCGUGCAUUGACCGACCGUGUCGUUGUUUUGGUGCGUGUGCGGCGCGGGCUCUUUUGAGGCUCGAUUUGGUUUUUUGUAGAUGGCUUUUUUGUACAUUUUAGAUCCAUUUGUUUAAGCUUAGAUCGUCAUUGCAGUUGUUGUUGUUUUGUAAUAGACUUCAACUCGAG